AUGGUCUCCUGUAGCGAGAAUCCUCAUCGUAAUACCAACCAGCUGCAGACGUACGUCAUCCAAUUGGAAACGCCGACCGCGUCCUUGGAUGCUGACGGUCUCAACAUCUGGCACAAAUCCUUCCUGCCAGUGUCGGACGACGACUCUGAUCGACGGCUGGUUCACUCCUACAGUCAAGUCUUCAGUGGGUUCGCCGCAAGGCUUACGGAGGAGGAGGCGAAGAGCGUAGCGAAGAAGGAGGGUUUCCUGCGUGUGUAUCCGGACAGCUUCUUGCCUCUUCUCACUACACACACGCCCGGCUUCCUCGGCCUUCAAAGUGGCGGAGGCACGUGGAGGGCUGCCAGCUUUGGCAAGGGGAUCAUCAUCGGACUCCUUGACUCUGGUUUGGAUCACGAUCACCCUUCCUUCCAUGAUGACGGCGUGCCUCCGCCACCUACCAAAUGGAAAGGCUCAUGCGGAUUCAAGACCGGCUGUAACAACAAGCUCAUCGGCGCGAAGAACUUGCUCGGAGGCAGCAGCCCGGAUGGGCCUAUAGACGCUGAUGGGCAUGGUACGCACACGGCAAGCACAGCAGCCGGAAACUUUUUGAACAACGCGAGCUAUUAUGGCUUGGCCGGCGGCACGGCGGCAGGGAUUGCACCACACGCUCACCUAGCCAUCUACAAGGUGUGCAUAACUGGGCGAUGCCAACUCUCCGACGUACUAGCGGGGAUCGACGCGGCCGUGGGAGAUGGUGUCGACGUGAUCUCCAUUUCUAUAGGUGGAGACGGCACCCCUCUCGAUGAUGACCUUCUGGCCAUUGGCGCAUUUGGAGCUGUCAAGAAAGGGAUAUUUGUCAGCUGUGCCGGUGGCAAUAGCGGACCAGGCGAGCGUACCGUUGCGAAUGAAGCACCAUGGUUACUAACCGUGGCGGCGAGCACCGUCGACAGAAGCCAAAGAGCGACCGUGAAGCUGGGCGACGGCCAAAAGUUUAAUGGCGAGUCUCUCGAUCAGUACCCGACCUCGAGUGGAAGUUUGCUUACACUUUUCCACAUGUCCACCGAUCCAUAUUGCAAAUCCUUGAACAGCAGCCAAGUCGAGGGUAAGGUGGUCGCCUGCUUGGUUUACCGAACUCCCAACUACACAGCUACUCUUGUUAAGGCAGCGGGUGGCGUCGGCGUAAUACUCAUCUCCACUGAAAUCGUGGGAUACACUAUCCUUGACAACAGAUGCAACUUCCCUGCAGCAAUAGUAAGCAACGAGGAUGGCGAUAGAAUCACAUCCUAUGUCACUUUAGCCACCAAGCCUACGGUAUCCAUCACUUAUGACGGCACCAUUAUCGGAUCAUCUCCUGCUCCGGUCGUCGCUUCUUUCUCGUCGAGGGGUCCUUCCAUAAAUGUGCCGGGCAUUCUUAAGCCCGACGUCUCCGGCCCAGGUGUCAACAUUCUAGCGGCAUGGCCUUCUGAUGUGGUGGGUGGGGAUGGACGUAUGGGUCGAAUGACCUUCAAUUUCGAAUCAGGUACCUCCAUGGCGACCCCUCAUCUGAGCGGGGUUGCUGCACUCCUAAAGAGCUUGCAUCCCUGUUGGUCGCCGGCAGCCAUCAAGUCCGCGAUCAUCACCACCUCAGACGACAAAGACGGAGAUGGAAAUCAGAUUAUGGACCAACAGCACACGACCGCCGGCUUCUUCGCGAUGGGCGCAGGACACGUGAAUCCGUCGAAGGCUGCUGACCCAGGUCUGGUUUACGACCUGGGUAUCGACGACUACAUAGCCUACGCCUGUGGCAAGUUCGGGAACAAAGGUGUCAGAGACAUCGUUCGUGAUACAACCGUCGACUGCGGGAAGAUCAACAACAUCACGGAAUCAGAGCUGAAUUAUCCGUCAAUUGUCGUUGCCCCAAAGAACGGAACCGCCGCGACGGUGAAACGGACGGUGACCAAUGUCGGGCAGGCGAAGUCGAGUUACACGGUGGAGGUGGAGGUGCCGGAGACGGUGUCCGUGACUGUUAGGCCUCCGAGUCUAAGCUUCUCUGAAGUGAACCAGAAGAUGAGUUUCUUGGUGACGGCAAAGUGGACGACGGCAGGGCUUCCCACGAGGAAUGCGGAAGGAAACUUGAAGUGGGUUUCAGGUAAGCGUGUGGUGAGAAGCCCUCUCGUCGUCUCCAUUUUAUAGAGCAACCGAAGAGGCUGCUUUUCCUCGGCAAUUUCAGAUAACAUAAAUGUUCUUCACAUGUCAAGAAAGAU